CCUGUUACACCGGUGUGUGGUGUUUUCUUGCGGCUUCUCAGCCCCCCCACCCCUCCCGAUCACGCACACAAAGCUUGACUGGGGUGGCGGUAUGAUCCCUCUCCUCCACUCCGCCUUUUUUUCCCCGCUCUCCCAAUUUUCCCAUCCGUUUGCGGGCUAAAGUCACUCGCCCCCAAAGAGGAGCAAGGUUGCUCUCUCCGCUCGGAUAGACGCCGGGCCAAGCCAACUGCAAUUUUUUCUCUUUCCAGAGGGCUGAAGGCGGCGGCGGCGGCGACAGCUGCAACGCCCCCGCUUCCCAUUCUGUUGCGCACGCACGAGCCCGGGUUGCUCUCACCCACAUUCCUCGCCACCGGGUUCGGAGCCGAAGGAGGGAGGGAAAGAGGAGAGGAAGCGGGGAGUGCCGGGAGCGAAGCCUGGACCUCCACUAGCGGGAACCCCAUACCCAACCACCCGCCCCCUGCCUUCCCAAAGACCCUUCCUUCCGUAGCUGUUGCCGGCGCCACUACCCCGCGGCCCUCCGGAAGAUGCACCCUGGGAGAGCGCUCGCCUUUGCUGGCGCGCACGUUUGGGGGCCGGAGCCCGGAGUCUCCACCUCUUUCGGCCUCGGACUCCGCCCCGAAAGCUGGGGACGGCGAGUUGGGCUCGCGAAACGACGAGGUUGAAGAGGGCAGGAGGAGGAGGAGGCUGUGGCGGGCAGACGGGCUCCUUCGCCUUCCCCUGCCGCGCGGCGAUUGUUUCCAUCCUUCUCCGAAGCGGGGAGGCUGCACUGAGGAAAGGGUGGCAAAGGCGGGCUUGUGCUGCAGCCGGGGAGACCCUCCAGCUUGCAGGCAAUGGUCCACCCUCGCUGCCUUGCUCGUCCCCUCUUUCCCCCCCUGGCUUGGAAGCUUUUGUUCUCUCCAGUUCGGGGCACAAGAGACCUACCUGCCGCCGCCGCCGCUCCUGCCACCCGACGCCAGGAAAGUUCGAGGAGAAAACUGCCUCGGGUCCGACCUCCUUUGGGCUGCGGCGCCUUCAAUUUGCUUCCUGCACUCCAAGAGAUUCUUCCUCUUUCGUCCAGGUGAAUUUCAAUCCAGCUCCUAUAUCCAGCACCAUCUGUAACCUGCCCUGCUGAUUUCUUUGUAUGCAUUUGGAAAGUCAGCUGUGUCAUGUGGUUUCCUGCACUGAUGCUCUAAGAAUUAUGGACCAAAGCACUGCCAUGAAGGGUACCCGUCAACCUUCCUUCUUCUGGUUAUGUCACUAUAAUUUUGCCAAGGGCCCUGCAUCAUGACACCGUCAUAUUUAUUAAAAUGCCUUGAAGUCGCUUUCUCCCUCUGCUGAAGUGAUGGUUUUUCCUGCAACGCUGACACCAGCUCAUCCUGUGUCAUUAAACACAACUUUUAUUGUCUAUGAACAUGCCCAUGCCAAUAUUACCACUCCGUUGAUCUUGGUCCAUAAGGGCACAGCUCAGCUACUGAAAUACCAUUUGGGUGCCAUGGUUACUACUGAGAUAGCUCCUUUGACAAUCAAUAGUACACCUGCCCUCCUGUUACAAGGCUUCACAAGCUUGAGUCUACCACUCCAGAUUGUUCUUUCUGCUGCCAUGAUAUUUAUUUUCCUUAUUUCUUUUGUGGGUAAUCUGGUCGUCUGCCUUAUGGUUUACCAGAAGACUGCGAUGCGAUCUGCCAUUAACAUUCUUCUAGCUAGUUUGGCUUUUGCAGACAUGCUGCUCGCUGUGCUGAACAUGCCUUUUGCUCUGAUAACCAUCAUCACUACCCAGUGGAUUUUCGGGGAUGUCUUCUGCAGAGUCUCUGCCAUGUUCUUCUGGCUGUUUGUCAUCGAAGGAGUUGCCAUACUACUCAUCAUCAGCAUUGACAGGUUCCUCAUAAUAGUUCAAAGGCAGGACAAGCUGAACCCUUACCGUGCAAAAGUCCUCAUCGCUGCUUCGUGGCUCGUGGCCUUUGUUGUGGCUUUUCCACUCUCUGUGGGGAACCCCAGCCUACAGAUACCUUCCAAAGCACCCCAGUGUGUAUUUGGCUACACAACAAACCCGGGUUACCGCGCCUAUGUAAUAGUGGUGGUUUUGGUCUCCUUUUUCAUUCCAUUCACUGUAAUGUUAUAUUCUUUUAUGGGCAUUCUCAAUACCGUACGGCACAAUGCGGUUCGUAUCCACAGCCACCCAGAUGGCAUAUGCCUCAGUCAAGCUAGUAAACUUGGUCUCAUGAGCCUCCAGAGACCUUUUCAAAUGAAUAUUGAUAUGAGCUUUAAAACUCGUGCCUUCACCACCAUAUUGAUUUUGUUCAUUGUCUUCAUCAUUUGCUGGGCCCCCUUCACCACCUACAGCCUUAUUGCCACAUUUAACAGCCACUUUUAUCACAAGCACAACUUUUUUGAGAUAAGCACCUGGCUCCUUUGGCUUUGCUACCUCAAGUCUGCUCUGAACCCACUCAUCUACUACUGGAGAAUCAAGAAAUUUCAUGAUGCGUGUUUAGACUUGGUGCCCAAGUACUUCAAGUUUUUGCCACAGCUACCUGGUCAAGCUAGAAGACGUAUCCGACCUAGUGCUGUUUAUGUGUGUGGGGAGCACCGGUCAGUAGUGUAAGCCUCGUAGCAAAUGGAAAUUUGCUCUUUUUCUGAUACAUGCCUGUUUUAGUGGGAUUUUUUCUUUAGCUGUCAGAUUUAUAAUUUUUAGAAUUCACAUUCAGCUUUAAGGAGGAGAUAUUUGUUGAGCUUUCCUACCAGGAUAUACCUAUAUUAUGUUGUUGACCACCUACUAAAGUAGGUGUAUACAUGGGGGAGGAAUUGUGCAUACAGGGCAAAGCUUUCUACUUCAAUGGCUUUUGCUGCUGAAAGAGACCAGUCGAAAGGCCAUUUUUCUCUUCCACAGACAGCUGCAAAACUUAAGCUUCAAAGAAUCCCUGUACCGUUUGCACAGUUAUUCCUUCCAUGUAUAUGCAGCUCUUUAUGGAUUGUAUGCUACUGCCUCCCCGGUUCUGCGGUAGGAAUGAAAACUCAUUUUGGAUGUAUGUCAGGUGAUCUUAAGCACUGCUAACCAUUUCAUUUCAUUAUAGAUGUUGUUAAUGCUGCUAUUUUAUGGUACAUUUAGAUGAAUACUUAAUAGGAUUUUUUUAUUUUUCAAACGAUGUUGCUGCAUAGAUGAGCCAAAAUGUUUGGAUUUAAUUAAUUAUUUGCAAGAGUUGCAGUGACAUUAAGUGGGGAGAAACACACACAUUCAUGCACUUUAAACAGAACUGAGUGGAGGGGAGUGAGUGGGGGUGAAGAAAGGUUCAGUGAUCUUUUACGUUUUUGUUUCUUUCUGCAAGGUUUUUAAUUCUUCCACCCAUUUUGCAGUGUUUUGAAAUGAUGCUAUAACAUACUUUGUUCUCAGAACUAUUUUAUAGUCCUUUUGAGUUUACUUGAAUGUCAGAAGUAUGUAGUGUAAAUUCAUUUAGAUGAAGACACUUAAGUAACACUUAUUACAAUCCAGAGGAAUUAAAGUGCUUUAAAUCCUUCUAAAGUCAGAAGGAAUUAAACUGAAUUCCAGUUACUUAAAAACACAUGAGAUUUGUCUUUCAUUAUUAUUUCAAUGGGAUGUAUAUAGUUAUUCAUAUUCAAUGUCAUGAUUUUAGCCCCAUGAAAAAAUAACUGAUCCUGCAUUAAAAAAGCAUAUAGUCAUUAAUUAUAUGUAAGCAUAUCAUGGAAAUAUGAAUUCCCUUUGAAUAUCAAACUCUUACUGUGAACUCUGUCGAAUCAAAAUUCAAUUAGAAGAUACACUGGAAAUUUGGUUAAUGUUCAAAUAUAUAUAUAUUAAUUUGUAAAUUGGACCUGUACAUCAGAGGUGGUAUUCAGUUGGUUCUGCAUGCGCAGAAGUGCCAUGUGCAAACUCCCACUUCCAAACCAGCAGCAAAGGGAAGAGAAAACAAUUACUGCCAUGCAUAAUAUACAAUUCUUUUGAUGAAGUGUUUUUUUAAAAAAGGGGUUUUUUUACAAGCAGAUUUGUUAAUUCAGAA